AUGAAGCUCCUCGUCGCUGCCGUUGCCACAUUGGCUGUUGUGUUUGCUCAAACCUAUCGUCCAGUGGACCCAUGUCAACUCUGUGACUACAUCAUCAACCAAGCUCUUCACCACAUCAAUCGCGGUUUCACCGAGGAUCAACUCCAGAAGGAGCUUGUUUCGGACUGUCAAUCGCUUCAACGUGCCUAUGGCCCUGACGUUGUGCAAAACUGCAUUGACGGUGUUAACGCCAACAUUGACACCAUCUACAACGAUUUGAAAGCUGGAAAACAUCCACAAGCUGUUUGCUACGACCUUGGACAAUGCUCGAAUCCUAAUGACCCGACCGGCACCUAUCCAACCCAUCACCCGAAAUUCCUUCGCAAA